AGAAGAAAAAAAUGAAGAAGAAGAUUGAUUGUGUUGCGCUCUCGUGAGCUGAGCUGAGGUGUUAUUUCAUUGAUGUUCUUGUGCAGUUGUUGUGAGUGUUGUGUGAUAGACUGCGCCUAGUUAUUCUCCCCAGCCAGUUUUUGAGUACUAGUAUUUCCAUUGUGUUGCGAUAGAAGCUAAGGCCCUUUUUUUUCUUCGCCUUGACAACUUGUUACUGCACCGGAGCCAUGAGUGGAUUUAGCUACUGGCUACGGUUGCGUGGCCUUCCCUUCAACAGUGCGCCUAUAGAUAUAUGCAGAUUUCUGAAAGAUGUUCGAUUGGAAGGAGGAGUGGAUGGAGUAUAUUUCGGCAUGAACCAGCAAGGAAAACCCUCGGGAGAGGCGUUCGUAGAAGUUCUAACAGAAGAAGAAGUGGAGAAAGCUCUGCUUCAUCACAAGGCUUUAAUUGGAAAUCGGUACAUUGAGGUGUAUGCGUCGAGUGAGGAUGAGAUGUGGCGCAAAACGGAGCGAGGUCGCAAGCCAGGUCACUUCGUCCGUUUGAGAGGCUUGCCUUUUGGUUGCCUGAAGGAGGACAUCAAAAUGUUCUUUGAAGGUUGUUACAUUCGACCUCGUGGCAUUACACUACUGCUGGACAAGCAGGAGCGUUGCAGUGGUGGUGCAUACGUCGAGUUUGCUACUAAGAAAGGGUUUGACCUGGCGCUUCAACGCCACCGGAACACCAUGGGCGAAAGGUAUGUGGAGGUUUUCUCGGCAUCUGAGGUGGAGCUAAAUCAGCUGAUAGAGAAGUCACGGGAUGGUGUCCGUGGCUUCAGUGUUAUGGUGGGUAGUGGCGGUGGUGGUGGUGGUGGUGGUCCACCGUCUGGUCCAGGUGCAGGUCGAGGUCGAGGUGGACGACCUCGUGAUAUGGGAAUGCGAGAGCGGGAAAGCCGAGAGCCCAUGUUCCAUGGCCGUGACGACCGUCAUAUGUACCCUGGCUUUGAGCAAGGCCGGCGAGCCAUGGCUGAACGAGGACGGGGAAUGCGCAUGGGUGGCGAGGAGCUCCGUAUUCCCCGGCAGACUAUUCCUAUUCGUGAAGCUGACAUUCACGGGCCUGAGCCUCUCCAUGUUCCUGUCGUCUCUCCAGCUCCAGAACACCGUGUCCAUGUCAGGGGUAUGCCACCGUCAGCAAAUGCCUCCGAUUUGACCAAACUGUUUUACCCUAUCGCAGUCAUGAAUGUGUUGCUCAUCAACGACCCACAGGGCCGGCCAACAGGAGAAGCCGAUGUUUUCUUCAACUCUCAUACAGAAGCUAUCAAGGCCCUAGAUGUCAAGCGCCAAAUGGGGAACUUCCGCCUCGACUUCUAUCUUCAUUCUGAGCCAGGAGCUGCAGAGAGGACGCACGAUUCGGGGUCAGUGAGUCACUCAUUACACAGUGGUGGUAGUGGUGGCGGUGGUGGCGGCUCACAUGGCAUGCAUGUUCACAGUGGGUUCCAAUCGCAAGCAUCUGGCUUCGACUCCUUGUCGGCAUCGGUGGGUUUUGCCGGUGACGUGGACCACCGCGCUAGAGCCGGAAGUAGAGGUGCUGGUGCCGGGUAUGGCCAUGGCCAUGGAGCUGGCGGUGGCCAGUACCAACCUGGCAGGGCAUCAUAUGGUAGGGGUCAGGCAUUUUCUAGGGACGACGGUGCUGGCAGGAUGCCGCUUCGGGGCGCUGGUUACGCUUUUGAGGGCCGGCACUUCUAGAACGGUGUGUCAGCUGUGUAUUGAUUGACCUGCCGUUAUGUCGAAUUGUAGCAACGGUACUAGUCUAUGCAGCUUGGAUUCUAGGCGCUGGUCAUUGUGGUGGCGGUGUUGGGCAAAGCAGUAUUGUGAAUGCUGAUGUAUUCCUCAAGGCUGCUGACGCGUGCAAGGAUGCGUAUGUUAGACAGGUGCGCAGUGCACUCUGUGGAUUGUGUUAUGUGCCGAGGUGAGCACAUCAUGUAGUAUACUUAGGGGUAGCGUGUGGUGGGCAUCAUCAUCAGCAGCAGCAGCACUGGCUACAUGUAUUUACAAGCAUGUCAUCGGCUUUUAUCACCUCUUCCCUUCACUUACUUUUCUGUGUUGCUUGUCAAUGACACUAGUACAUAACCGUUAUCUUUGGUUGAUCACGGAGUUCUAGCCCAGUCCAGAAGUGCCGAGAGGUGCCUAUAGCUUUCUCACGCGUUGUUUUGUUGUGUUGGUGUCUUGUUAGCUUAUUCACUCUGCUUUUGUAAUGUUUAGGGGAAGGAAGUUCAUAUUGUAUGCAUAUGUAGUCCUUGAAAGUUGCAUUUUUAAACUCCA